AAUUGCUUCGAGAGGUAUCGACUACAGUCGUAUGUAUCCGGCGGAUGCCCGCAGACGGGCGUGUGACGCUGUAGCUGGUCUAUAACGGACGUUCAGCAGAGACGUUGCUAACCAUGUCAAGUCCGAACGCUAAAAGUAAUUCUACGAGAGUGAUUCUCGAAGAACUUGACGCUGAAUUAUUUAUCGACGAAGUAAAAAAAUAUCCUGAAAUAUGGGAUAUAAAUUCAGAAGAGAAUAGAGAUAAAAAGAAAAAAAGUGCGGCAUGGGAGAAAAUUUGCGAAAAAUUUUGUUCGAAUUUCCGGCAAAAAACAGAAGAAGAGAAACAAGAACUAGUUAGAAAACAUAUGAACAGAUGGCGAAACAUACGCGACCAGUAUUUAAGAACUGUUCGUAAAAAGCGAAGGUACAGUAACCAUAACAGACAAUACAUCUACGCCCGGCGACUAGCCUUUUUACAAGAAGUGGAGAAAUCUGCAACUCUUACUGUAUCGUAUUUAGAUAGCGAAGAAGCUGAAGACACUGCGACUGUAGAUGACGAUCAGUCGACUAUUCCUUAUGUUUCAAGUAUGGAUGAAGAAUCAUCAGGGAAACGCAAUAAGGAUACAAAACCGUGUAUGAUGAAUAAUUCACAAAUGUCAAAUGUUUCGUGUAGCGUAGAGGAAAUCGACGAUGAUAAAUCAUUUUUUAACUCUAUAUUACCUUUGAUCCAAUCGUUCAAUAUCGAACAAAAAAUAGAAUUCAGGUGUGAAGUUAUGAAGCUUAUAAAAAAAGUUAGAACGUUCGACAUUCCACCUGGUUUUUAAUGUUAGUGCAUAUUUGCAUCUACGUGAUUGUUAUGUUAGAAUGAUACAGUAUCCUGUGUACAUUUGGGUGCAACAGACGCUUCCUUUGUUUAAGAAUAAAUGCAGGGAAAAAUUGUUCAAAUUCUUAAAUCUCUAAGUUACUAUAUUUUUCAAAUUUGUAAAUUUAAUUUCAAAAUUUCCCUAGAGGAAGCCAAAUUUGCACCCCAGUGUACAAAUAUUAUAUGUAGGUAUAUAUUUUUGUAUUGUAUAUAUAUUCUGAUCUUUGUACUCUUUGUACAUAUUGUAUUAAAAUCUCAUGUAAUGUUGAAUGAGCAAUCUAGUGAUUCAGUACAGAUAUUCCUAAGUUCAAAAAUUGUAGAGGAUGUUUGCUGGGACACUAAUGUCUUAUUCUGGACUACAGUAAUGAUUCGAUAUAAGAAAAGAACUAAAAAUGAAGUUAACCAUGCAUUGGUAUGUAAACAAUACAAAUUUGCUCUUUGCCUAUUGCCACAAUCAUAACGUCCCUUUUUCACUCGCUAUUCUUCUCUGCGGUUGAAACUUAUCGUCAAUUGAACCAGUAAAUAUAGUUCAAAUCAGUGAUGAAGAUCAUUUUUUCCCCGCUUAUAUCGUGUAGAUAAGUUUCACUUAUAUCGUAAAGGAAAUUUUCACUUAUAUCGAAUCAUUACUGCAAUUAGUCAUCAAAGACUAAUGGUUACAGAUAAACUCUUUUUAUCUAAGAGAUCUAUUAUACAAGGCUAAAAUUUUCCGUAGUAAGGAGUUCUUUUCAAUCCCUCGGAGUUACAGUAUUAUUUUAUUUAUGCGAGUUUCAUUGUUUGUCACGUUCGAAAUAUAAUUUGUAAGUGUACAAGUCGGUCUCCAACGUUUCUCAACAAGAUUCCAAGAUACUUUAUGUAAUAAGAAAAUUCUACGAAGUACAAGAACUGUUUAUACAAGACUCUGUGUGAUUUGCAGAUAGUAGAAAUGUGAUAAGAAUAAAAUGUGAACCAAAGUUAAGUAAAAAAAUAUAGAAAUAAUGAUAAAAGUUUUAUUAUUUACAGAAAUGUAAUCUAAGGUCCUCUAUGCUUGAAGUCUUAGACAAGCAUUCUAUCUUAUAGGACAAUUAAUUAGGUUAAUUAAGAUUAAUCUUAAUCUUGCUAGUAUUUUUAUGCAGCUAGUUGUAAUUUAUUAAUAUUUCUAC